CAGGUAUACCUACAUGAAUUGUCGCAUCGCAUCUCGCCCGCGUCUUCUCAGUUCCUCCUAUGUCUCACCUAACUGUCGCGCCACUUCCCGCUUGGUACGAUGGAUGGGGCCUUAACGCCCAAACCCGACCGUCGCCGCCGCCGACCGGCCCUCUCCUGCGUUAGCUGUAGAAAGUCUAAGGUCCGCUGUGAUCGCAACCAACCCUGCGGCGCCUGUGUCCGGUCCAAGCACAAGACCUGCGUGUUUGAGCCUCAAGGCGCGCCACACCCACGCCUAUCGGAACUGUCACCCGUCACCCCCGGCGCGCUUCGACCGAGCGAUGGCCAGCUCAGGGCCGUCCAUGCCGAGAUGGCCGCCAACCCCCUAACGAGUGGGUCGACGCAGGCACACCACGGCGACGGGUCCAAUGAGGACCAUUCUACCCUUUCCCUGAACGGCUCAACGCCCGUUGACUCGGCCUCGUCCCAACAUCUCGGCCAAUCCUUUGACGUGACUUCGCUGUUGCAUCGGAUUGGCGAACUGGAGCGCCGCCUUGAGGAAACUACAGGCUCUAGACAUGUUCCUCGGGUCUCCGCCAGCGACCCCGAGUCGAUAUCGACUUACCCCAGCUAUCUCACCGGGGACUUGUACACCAUGAAUAGGAGUGUCAUGUCCAAGACGAGGUAUAUGGGCCAAACCCACUGGAUGAACCAGGUUAAAAGUUUCAAACCAGUCUUGGAGAUAUUCGAGCAGCAGUCUCGAGAGAAGAAGUCGGAGUCGGUGGCAUUCACGACGAGAUGUAAGGCACUCGCUCGCACCAUCAAGGCGCGGCGGACGCCCCAGAUGACCUUCAAGUUCGGCACCAACAUACCGCCGCGAGAAAUCGCGGACAAACUUGUUGAUGGCUACAUUCGAACGCUGGAGUCGGUCUACCGAAUUUUGCACAUACCGUCCUUCAGAAGAGAGUACGAGGCCUUCUGGGCCUCUCCUGACUCGGUCGGGCUCCCUUUCGUCAUCCAACUCCAGCUUGUCAUGGCCAUCGGCUGCACCUUGUACGAUGAUCUCUUUACGAUGCGAAGCUCGGCGAUCCAAUGGGUUCAAGAGGCCCAGUGCUGGUUUAUCCUCCCGAUUCCGAAAUCGAGGUUGACCAUCACCGGCCUGCAGAUCAUGCUGCUUCUCCUGCUGGCACGUCAAACCGCAUCCGUAGGUCAGGACCUCAUCUGGAUCUCGGUCGGAGAGCUCAUGCGCAUGGCUGCGUUCAUGGGUCUGCACAGGGACCCGAAGAAACUGCCGAAGAUGGAUCGCCUCCAUUCGGAGAUACGACGUCGCUUGUGGAAUACCAUUCUCGAAGUUGCCCUGGAGGCCAGCAUCGACUCGGGAGCGGCGCCCCGGAUCUCUCUCGAGGAUUUCGACACUGGUGCGCCAUCUGACUGCGACGACGACCAACUGAUAGGUGACGACGACUCGAAGGUUCCCCAAUCAGCAGAAACGUUCACGGAUAUGUCUUUGGCGUUAGCCCUUCGCGCGAGCUUCGCAUCGCGCCUGGCCAUCGCGCGGUCGCUCAACGAAAUCGAUUCGCAGACCACGUACGAAGACACGGUUCGACUCCACCACCGCCUCGGCGCCGCAUGCAAAUUACUCUCCCAAACGCUCCAGCGAUUCGCGUCCAGUCCGCGGGGCCCGACAUCCUUUCAGCGACGGUUCGUCGAUUUUAUCGUCCGCCGGUAUUUUCUAGCUCUGCACCUCCCGUACUUCGUGCCGGCUAUAAACGAGCCGGCCUACGCUUUCUCGCGGAAGGUAGUGGUCGAGAUGGCCAUGAAGCUCUAUACCACCGUCUUCCCGUCGUCGGCCUCGAAUCCACGGCCGUCACCGCCGACGGGCGAUUGCCCGAGAUUCACGUCGACCGAGGCCGACGACUUUGGGCGGCUCGCGACUGGCGCGUCGAGCAUGUUUCGGUCCGUAUUGUCGCAGUCGUCGAUGGCGGGCGGCUUCGAGCUGCAGAGCCAGCUGCUGGAAGACGACAGCCUGGUGCCGUCCAUACCUCGGCCGGACCUCCUCAACGUGCUGCGCGACUCGGCGGCCUGGAGCCACCACCGCAUCCAAGCCGGCGAGACGAAUGUCAAGGGCUACCUGUUCACCAACGUGUUGCUGGCGCAAGUAGAAGGGCUGAUGGCCGGCUUGAGAGGGGCAGAGAACGAGGCGGUGAUUAUUAGGACCGGCAACGAGGCCGUGCGUGAGAGCUUCGAGCUGCUCAAGCAGCUAGCCGCACAGUACCCGGACGAGGGCGCCAUUACUGGCGAUCCGCAAUUUGACCUGGACCCCAUGAUGGCGAUCGAUGACAACUGGGAAAACUCUGCCCAGAACGUCCUCUUCGAUUUCACCACUAUCGAGUCUGCAUUCGAUGGAACCACGGAAAACGAUUUGAUGGGCCCGGACUUUUCCUCAUGGUAGUGAAGAGCGGGGGCGGGAGAGGAGGGGGGCUUUCUCUCCUCUCCAUCACAUUCAUGUAAUAUACAGCGAUGUAAAAUCAACCAGGUAAUAGGUAGGUGUUUAGGUAUGGGCAGCGCUACAACCAGGGUUUAGGCGGGGGGAGGUUCGAACGACCCUAACACGAUGUAUGAGAACUCAACUCUGAAGUGACGAUCACUGGAUAUUGUUGUUGACCUGUGAAGGUCGUAGGGUACUGUCAAGGUACAUAAGCAAUCGAAAAACAGCAUCACAUUAAUUCAACAUAUUGGUACUCAGAUUCAAUGGCGUUUUUGUCUUUUGGCCGCUUGGCGUGUUUACCGCCUUUCGGUCUUUUCAAUGCUCUGCGAAUGUCGUGUAGGCCGUUCUGGAC